GGUCGCGGUUGUCAGCGGCGGGGCGGCAGCUGAACGAGCGCGGCCGGGCUGGGCGCUCGGGUGUGUCCCGCGCCGCUUCGCGCCUCCCCACGUCGAAUGACUGCGGCCCAGCGGAGACCCGCUGCCGCGCCGGGACCAGCCUGCGCUCCGCCCGUCGCUCCCAGCGCGGAGGAGCGCGGUGCGGUGCAGCGCGGCGGGAGGAGGGCGCUAGGCCGGCGGCGCAGCUCAGGCCAUACAACGCAGCCUAUCGGCGGCGGCGGGGCCGGGCCCUCUCUGCAGCGCCCCGCGGGGCGGAAACCCGGCCGCGGGCUGCUGCUGCCUCUCCGUGUCGGCGGGCCGCGGGUGCGCGACCUUGAGCUGCCUGAACCGGUGCUAUUCAGCGUUCCUCAACCCUCCCUAUGGCCUGCGUGUGCUCCCCAUCCGAAGUCUCCGGAAUCCUCACAGUGCCGCCCUGCCUCGAUCACGCCGCAGAGCCCGCGGCGGUCUCCAGGGAGAAAGCAGCGGCAGGAAGGAAGGGGUGUAGCCUCGUCCCCCACGGCCUCUCCCCGCAGCGGGAGCAUCCCCGGGGACGCCUCCUCAGCGUCGGGAAGAGCCGGUCCUUUGUCAGGGCUAUAAAGCGUUGACAGCAGUCACUGUUAUUCUUAGACAAAUAGAUCAUCUAUCUAUCUCUCUGUCUGUCUGUCUAUUCAUUAUCUUCAAGCACAGUCAAAAUAUGUCAAAUCUAAUACAGAUGAGCUUAAAUUACAUGCGGGCACACAGUUCCAGCAGGUUUAUAAUCACAGCUGCUUGCAAACCUGCUUUACCUUCAUGCACUGAGGCAGCUAAUUGGCACGGCAUUGCAUACUGUAAACUCCCAGAGAAGCGUGUCUGUGGUCAGAGAUGUGUGACCAGGCUUGCAAAAACUUGGACCAAAUUCAAUCCUGUAAUAUAAAUAUUCAUGUUACUAGCUCCAGGUCCCGAGUAAUAUCCUCAGAAUAAUACAGAAAUCUGGUACAAAGUACGCAGCAGUAGAGCAGGAAUGUGUCAAGAACAGAAAUGUUUAUUUAGAAAGCAUUGAGAUUUUACAUGAAGCUUUCAUAACAUCUCCUUGUUUUGAUAUAUGGAUACAUGAGUUGAUACUAGUGACAUUAUGCGACUGUUUGCAUUCCCGGAUUCCAUUUCUUAGGGACACAUCAUUUUAAAGAACUUGGGUAGCAAAAAUAUUGCUCAGUGAUUCACUUGGAUUUUCUCUCAAAUUAAUUACAGGGUACCCUUCCCCUCUAGGGGAAAACCCAAGUUAUAAAACACCACAACUGCUGCUGUCCAACAUAGUAAUUAUAUGCUAAACUAGGCUAAAUGGAAACCAGCAUAAAAUAGGAUAUUUGAAGUGAACCUGUCAUUUACUGUGGUAUAGUUCAUUUACAUUACUUUAAUAAUGAAAACUGCAUUUCAGGCAAUUGUUUGGCUGGGCUAGUGAUACCAGGGGAGAAUUCUUUGUCAGCAGUUACCCAUUUCAGCUCCAAGGAAAUGUACAGAUAUGAAUUUUCUCCCUAAAAUGUGUAGAUACUUUUGAAGCCAUUCCCUAUGUACGUCUUGCAUAUGUACAGAA